AUGGCAAAGCCCAAAAGCGAAAGCCUGCCAAACCGGCACGCAUACACACGGGUAUCCUACCUGCACCAGGCCGCCUCCUACCUAGCGACUGUGCAGGUCCAAAUCCCAGACGCGGACGCGGACGCCGACUCAUCACAACCUCACAAAGACGCUCAUCAGUUCGCCGCCAGGCUCCAGAAGCUACGCUCCACAAACGAAAAGGUCGCUCGUCGGUUCGUCUCCGAUAUCCGAGCCGUCUCUCUCAAGGCUCAGAUCCGCCCGAGCCCGUCGGUCAAGCAGAUGAUGUGCAAGUUCUGUGACUCGUUGCUCAUCGAGGGCAAAUCGUGCGCUACGACGGUGGAGAAUCUGAGUAAAGGCGGAAAGAAGCCCUGGGCCGAUGUCAUGGUUACGAAGUGCAGGACCUGCGGCAAUGUCAAGCGGUUUCCGGUCAGCGCGCCGCGGCAGAAGCGACGACCGUUCAGGGAACCCAAGAGUGGUGAAGGGCAGGACGGACGGGAUGAUGGUGGACACGACGGCUGA